GCAAAUAUACAACUUGGCCCUGGCUGGAGAGCCUCAGCGCUUAUAUAUUAGACAGGAACCAGUCUACUAUCUUAAAUCUUUGUGGUCUAGAUGGUGCGACACCAAAACCUUCCAAGUAUUUUGGUGGGGAUGCAGGUACCAGCCAUCACAUUUACGCGCACAACACCAGCCAUGCGCAAGAACACCAACCCCUCCCAAAUGCAAAUGCCAUCGGGUAACUGCGUAUAUCUAAACUGAAUCUCCAACCCCCGGUAAGGUUUCUUUCUUAUCAUAUUCGCUCACUCAUCAUAUCUGUGCAAGUAUCGCAUCACAUUUCCACUUCAAGCUUUUGUGCGACAGUCAACAUGCGUCUUAACACCUCAACCCCGACUCUCUUUGCAGUAUCAUCACUUUUUUGUUUUGGCUCAUCGCUACCAUUUCUUUCUCAAAGGGUUCCUGUUCUGGUACCAUUGGUGAGAAGGGCAACUUAUUCAGUUGUGCCUGUUGAUGGAGGGCCUGCUGCGACCGAUGCUGGAUCUCCGCAAGCGACUAUCGUCACGACCAUCAUUCAUACACCUGCGCCAGUUACGAUUGUUGAGACGGACAAUGUGACAUUGCCGCCUGUCACUGAUAUUGUUGUAUCAACGAAGAUCAUUGAGGGGCCAAAGACAACACAAAAUAUCGUUGUUACAAUCACACAAACAUCAGAUCCAACGACUGCUACAACCACAGCCACCGAAUACUCCAUCAUCGAUGUCAGCUCGCCCCCUGUCACCGUUGUAAUUCCAGUCCCAGCAUCUUCAAGUGCGCUAUCAACCACCUCGACAUCGGUGACUGUCUCCUCGGAAUCGUCAUCUACCAGCGUUGCAGCACUAUCCUCGAGCUCCAAACUCUCGUGCUCGAAAUCCUCCCCUACAACAUCAACUUCGACUUCCACUUCUAGCCUCGCCAUCUCACCAAGCACACCGAUCACAUCCGCUAAUUCGAGCAGUUCUGCUAUUACUUCGAGCGCAUCAUCUGCUCAAACUACCUCAGUCGAAACAUACUCGACUUCCAUUUCCUCUGUCGUGGUUUCCACAUCAACUCCAACUUAUGACGAUGGGCAAUGGCAUACAUACUACCCCACAUGGUCCAAUGCAACUGGGACACCCACAGGGCUGGCAUCUAGGCCAACUCUGAAAGCAAGCCUUGAUUCUGCUGGAGAGUGAGCUGCAAAUCACGGAAUUAUGGCAACAUUGAAGCAGAUUGUUUCUUGAAGCUGGUAACAAUAAAGGAGAGAAUACACACAACACAGCAAAACGGAGACGUCCAGGGGAGUAAGAAGUACCUGGAGAAGAGAAACAAACUAAGAAGUGAAAGAGAGAAGCCCUCAAAAGCUUUAGAUAUCUGGAUUCACGUCCAUAGCCUGGGGACUGUUUUGAUAGAAGAGGCUGGAUCGCACCAAGAGCUGGAAGCGCAUCCUUGUAGGUGUUGGGGCAUUGUAGACCCAAGAGAAAUGUACACAGUAGAUAACUAAUACAUAAUUAAACAAAAUCAAAAUAAAUCUAGCUCAUAAAUAUGUCACCGCG